GCUACAUAUCGAACUGUCAAAAAAAAUUAGAUUAGAAAAAAAAAAUAAAUCGAUGCCAAGUUUGUGAAGACGAAAGAGAUCGCGAGCAGCCACGCACAGCGCGCGGGACUGAAGAGGAGAAAGUUCCCCACUUGAGGGCGAAAUCAGACUUUUUUGAGGACGACAAGUUUGAAAAGUGCCAGGAGCCCCGGGGUCUGUCAGAUACAACAUGCAGCAAUGUCCAGGGAGGCAGAGUUGGAUGUGAGAGGCAGCGAGUGUGACACAGUCCCACCAGAGCCCAGCAGAGACCCAGAGCCGCCCAGGCCACCUCCAGCCCAGGCUCACGGACCCCCCAGCACGGCUGGCAUUUGCGAGAGCAUCACCUCCAGUAACCACAGCAGCAGCAGCAGCAGCAGCAGUGGUCUGGGUGGCAUUAGCAUCGUUAGCAGCGGCGUUGAGGGAGCAGGCGAAAGCUCCAUGCAGUUCAGCACCAGACCGCCUAGUGCUGAGCAGCCGGGCUUCAUGGGGACAUGGCAGCAGCAGAGCACUGACAGCAACCUCCUCUACAGAAUGUCCCAGCAGGGUGCUGUAACGCGUCUUCCUUUGAAGUGCGACAGGUCGACUAUGGGCCGAGACCUGGAAGAGGCCAUUCGCUGCACACUGGUGAACUGCACAUGUGAGUGUUUCCAGCCAGGGAAGAUUCACCUACGAACAUGUGACCAGUGCAAACAUGGCUGGGUAGCUCACGCCCUGGACAAGCUCAGCACCCAGCACCUCUACCACCCGACGCAGGUGGAGAUCGUCCAGUCCAACGUGGUGUUUGACAUCAGCAGCCUCAUGCUCUACGGCACCCAGGCCGUCCCCGUCCGGCUCAAGAUCCUCCUGGACCGCCUCUUCUCCGUGCUCAAGCAGGAGGAGGUGCUGCACAUCCUGCACGGUCUGGGCUGGACCCUCCGAGACUACGUCAGGGGCUACAUACUGCAGGAUGCUGCAGGCAAGGUCCUGGACCGAUGGACCAUCAUGUCCCGAGAAGAAGAGAUCAUCACCCUGCAGCAGUUCCUGCGCUUUGGAGAGACCAAGUCUAUUGUGGAGCUGAUGGCCAUACAGGAGAAGGAAGGUCAGGCAGUUACAGUUCCCUCUUCCAAGACAGACUCCGGGAUUAGGACAUUCAUUGAAAGCAACAACAGGACCCGCAGCCCGGGGCUCUUGACACAUCUGGAAAACAGCAGCCCAUCCAGCAUUCAUCACUUUGAGAAUAUCCCCAACAGCUUAGCCUUCCUCCUGCCUUUCCAGUACAUCAACCCGGUCUCCGCUCCCAUGCUUGGCUUACCCCCCAACGGCCUGCCUAUGGAGCAAUCUGCUCUCCGACUCAGGGAGCCCAGCCUGCCAAGUCAAGGAGAGCAGGUGGACACCAGUGAAUCGGAAGUGUCCCUAUCGCCCUUCCGCACAGGUCAGAGCCCAAGUCGUGGAGCGCUGGGAACCAUGAACAACAACACUGAACCCAAGACAGAAGCCAAUAAUCGGGCAUCUCCUAUCUCUCCAACCCCUUCCACCCAGCAGGCUCAGCAGCAGCAACAGCAGACACAGCUUCAGCAGCAACAACAGCAGCAGCAGCAGGGCCAAUCUCAGUCCCAAAGCCAAAAUCAGCAAUCCAACAGUUUGAAUGACCACCAGGUCCACCACCACUUCGUAAAGGAAGAGCACUCUAAAGCUAUCAGCCAUCCUUCCUUUUCUUCCAAGAUGCAUCGCAUGCGCCGCAUGGGCGCCACCUCCCGCAAGGGACGUGUGUGCUGCAACUCUUGUGGGAAAACCUUUUACGAUAAAGGUACACUUAAAAUACACUAUAAUGCUGUACACUUGAAGAUUAAGCAUCGCUGUACCAUUGAGGGCUGCAAUAUGGUCUUCAGCUCACUACGCAGCCGCAACCGCCACAGUGCCAAUCCAAACCCACGGUUGCACAUGCCCAUGCUGCGCAACAAUCGUGACAAGGACCUAAUUCGUGCCAAUUCAACCAGUGGUACGCCCGUAAUCUCAAGCACCAAAAAUGGUGGCUUCACACUCACCAGCCCCGGACGGCCCCCACUGGGCUUCACCACCCCGCCGGUAGACCCAAUGCUUCAGUCACCCCUGCAAAGUCCGCUGGUGUUCCCUUCCCUAAAAUCAGUGCAGCCAGUCCAGCCAGUGCCACCAUUCUACCGAACACUACUGUCCCCCGCAGACCUUGUCAGCCCUCCAGUGUCACUGCCCACCAGUCCCAUCAUGCCCACUACCACAAACAGUACCACCCUGAUGGAUCAGCAACAGCAGAUCUUAGCUGCAGCAGCUGUGUCUUCACACAAUAAUAUUCAUAUGUCUGAGGGAGGACCCAUGUCCCACCGCUUACCGACACCUAGUGCCAAUCAGGACUUCACCACUGGCAACAGUGACCCGACGCCCAAAAAGAAGCCUCGUAAAUCGAGCAUGCCAGUUAAAAUUGAGAAGGAAGUAAUUGAUGUAGCGGAUGAGUACGAGGACAAAGAUGAGGAUGAUGAUGACAUGCACCAUAAUCACCACCAUCACCAGUCGUCCCUGCUUCACAACAACGUCAAAAUGAAUGGAAACUGUAACAGCAGCAACAACGGUGGCAGCGGUACUGGGAACCACAGUGGUGGCAGCGGGCAGCAGUCUCCCUCCCAGGAUGAGAUGAGCCCCGGAUUAGCGCUACGGGGAAUGAUGAGGACAAGUGAAGAUGAAUGUCGGGAAGGAACCGGUAGUGAUAGCCGAGGGGGAGCUGCUGAGCUGCGCUGUAUGGACAGCUUCACCUCUGAGGAUCAGGAUCACGAGAGAGACUUUGAGAAUGAGUCUGAAACAUCUGACUCCAAGAUGUUCUAUCGAGAUGAACUGAUGGACGUCGAGGAACAUCAAAAGCAUAACAGGGGUGGAAGAAUGGACAAGGACCACGAUGAUGAGGGGAGUGAGGAGGUUCAUUUGAGAAAGGAAAUGGACGGAAAGGGCCAUUCCUCGCCCUCCCCUCAUCAGCCUGCUAUCAAGAUCAAGGAAGAACUGAAUGAUCCUACUUAUGACAUGUUCUGCAUGGGCCAGUAUGGCCUCUAUAACGGAGGCAUGGCAGCAGCUGCUGCCGCUGCUGCGAGCAUGGCUGCUCUGCAUGAGAGCUUCAUCUCGUCGAUGGGAUACGGCGCAAGUCCACCCAAAUUCCCUUCUUCUCAAUCGCCAGAGGGAGACCCAUGUUCAAGUCCCGACCCCAAGAUCUGCUAUGUGUGUAAGAAGAGCUUCAAGAGCUCCUAUAGCAUGAAACUGCACUACAAAAAUGUGCACCUCAAAGAGAUGCAUGUGUGCACUGUGGCUGGCUGCAACGCUGCUUUCCCUUCCCGGAGAAGCCGAGACAGGCACAGCUCCAACAUCAACCUGCACCGCAAACUGCUGACCAAAGAGCUGGACGACAUUGUCCUGGACCCCCAACACUUGCCACUGCCCAAGGACCUGCGAGCCGAGUUACUGGCCAAGAUCUACGCUGGCCACCACAUGGGCCUGGACCCUAUUUCUGGGAUUGGCUUCGGAGGCGCCGGCCUUGGGCCCGCUGGCCUGAACUACAUUGCUCAUUCCCCCAUGAGCAAUGAGUUUCCCCACCAUUCUCUCAACCUGAAAAACAACCACACCAACGGCUUCUCCCGGGGCCAGUCCGACGACUACAUGGUGUUGGACCUGAGCACUACGUCCAGUGUUCAAUCCAGCAGCAGCGUCCAUUCCUCACACGAGUCUGAUGAGGGCAGCGACGAAGGAAUCCUACUGGACGACCUGGAGGAGGAGGGAGACGAGGAUGAGGAAGAGGGGAACAGCGAGGGAGAGGACUUCUCCCAGCGGGCCGAAAGGGGGCACCCGGUCGAGACUGGAGAACUCAAGGAAGGACGAGACGAGGGGUUGGACCCCUCCUCACCGUUCCUCCUUUCAUCCGCGGGGGGCAGCAACAGCAGCAGCGGCGGGAUCCUUUGUAACAUCUGCCACAAAAUGUACAGCAACAAAGGGACCCUGCGUGUGCACUACAAGACUGUGCACUUGCGCGAGAUGCACAAGUGCAAAAUCCCUGGUUGCAAUAUGGUGUUCAGCUCCGUGCGCAGCCGCAAUCGACAUUCUCAGAACCCCAACCUCCAUAAAAACAUGCCCUUCUCGACAAUAAUAGACUAAAGAAAGACUCCUGUCAGUGUGCCCGCUCCUCCCCUCAUUCCUCAUCCUAAUUCCCCAUCAAAAGACCAUCAAAUACAAGCCUGUAUGCCUCUUCCCGUCCUCUGUAAGUCAUCGCAGGACAUUUCUAUCUCCAUCUUAUAAAAUUAAUUGACUCUAAGUGCAGUUUAUAAUUGUGUCCUUUGACUUUUCCUUCUUUGGAAGAACAGAAUGACACUCUCGAGUGAAGAGUUUGCUUUAUAACAAAACUGCAGCCGGUAUUUUUUAUCAUACUUCCCCCUCACCCCUCAUCUUUUCCUUUCUAAUUCUCCCCACUUUGUGUUGACGUCCAUCUCCAAAGAACCCAUUCAAACUCUUAUUUGUGACUUUGCCUGCAGAAAUGAUAGUAUUGAGAAAAAGAAAAUCUUUGUGUAUGUAUUUGUGUAAUGAUAGCUUUUAAAUGAACCCCUUACAAAAGCAUGAACGCUUCAUUUGUAGAUAAUGUCCCAAGAGGCUUUUGGUGUACAAGAUUUGUGUUGAUGGUUGUUUGCUUCUUUUCUCUCUCUUUAUGGUUUUAUGUUACAGUCCCGUACAAUACUUCCAGCUAUAGGCAAGAAAGAGGUAGCAUCUUUACUAGCUUGACUCAUUUAUGUUAGCUUCAAAGACACAUUUUAAAACUGAGUCCUAGGGAAAAAAAGAAUAUCAUGUGACUUGUUUUAUCUACCUGUUAGAUAUUCAGAGGUUGCCGGCAUGCUUUUUUGGGCUCCUACACUGAUAUCAUUCUCUGUAUUUCUAUUGAUUUUUUUUUUUUUUUUUUUUUUUUUGUCUAUUAUGUUUAUGAGCUUUAGUAUACCAAUUCAGUUUUUGCACUUUGCAUCUAUACAAGGGGAUGUGUAAUAUUAUUAUGAUGAGGAUUUUUUGCAAUGGUGACUUUAGGUGUUGUUUGGGGUCAUUGAUGGCUACGGUGCCGAAAGAAGUGACAGUAACCUUCAACAUACUUGUGCCAGUUUCUUUUUGCACAUGCUCAGUUUCAAAGAAAGUUUCACGAGAGAAAACACCUGGCCUUCCUGAACAAAACCUGACAUCUUUUCCCAUUGCUAAAAGAAAAAAAAAAAAAAACACAUUAGGAAACUGUGUCCAAAGUGUCUUGUUUCAAAACAAAUCCAGGUCAUGUUGAGUAUGAACUGCUGAUUCAUAAACACAGAAGAGUCAAUAAGGAUAAAUUCGCUCCUCCUUCUCGGCCUAAGGAGUUCUGUGAAUGUUUGUCAAAAUCACUAAAUUGAAGUCUGAGGUUUAUCUGUCUAAAGCAUGCAAUUAUUUUGUCAAACAAAGUCAGUGGUGCAGGAGCUGGUGUUUGUCCUCUCGAAAGGCAUACUAAUGAAAUAUCAGUGUCCCACAGGUUUCGAAAAGGAGAGAAAAAAAAGAUGAAAAUAGUCUUUCAACUGUGACCAAAAUUUGUUUUCUUCUAAAAAAAAAAAAAAGAAAAAAGAAAAAAAAAAAGCUCUUUCAGUGUGACAUUGUACUUAAAAAUCACACCCCAUUUGAUUAACAUGAUGCACUUGAGUCUUAAAAAGAAUUGCUGUGAUAUUUCUCUAUUGGUUUCCAUCGUUUCGUGUCGGUUCCUAUACUAUUAAAAAAAAAAGUCACUAUUUCUUAGCGAAUGGUUGCAGCCAUUAUUAAAACAUGUCCACAACUGUCAUACGGUACAACUAUUUCCAGUAAUUGGGCAAGGUAGCCAAGGGACGGGGUAUUUAUUAGUGGGUGAUGUAUCUUCAUGGAGAUGUUAUUUUUUCUUUUUUUCUUUUUUUUUUUUUUGUCCGGUAUAAGAAUAUUUUUUGUAAAAAAAAAAUGCAAAAAAAUUGAGAUUGUUCCUCAGUGUGACUUGUUUUGUCAACGUGUUCGCAAUGCCAUGUGUUACGUUCUAAGGAGAUUCCUCCUCUUACUUGACUGGUGCUACACUCACAGUGGGAAAAUAUGCAGUGUUAUGUGGUGUGCUGUACAGUAUUCACAACACCUUACAUCCAUAACAGUGUUGAGUUUCACACUUAAAAGCCAUUUUUGCAAUACAGACGUGACCUAUCGGACUGAAAUAUUUCAUGUCUUCUUUUAGGAGUCCUUCUAUGUGACACGCGCAGUUUUUUAGCCCUCUCUUCUCAAAGAUAAAGAGGGCGAGACAGGGAGCUGAUUCUGAUGGAAAGGUUGCGGAGGUGGAAGGCUGACUAGGGAGGAAAGGAUGACAGCAACGAUCAUUAAAAAUGUGCUGCUUCUCUGUUACCUGGAGGCGUCCCGCCAUCCCGGCCUCUUCUGUCUAAUAACUCACUUGUCACUUCGUUACACUGCCAGACGCCAAGCUUACUGACAGGACUGUGACACUGACGGGAGAAAAAGGAGGGAAAGCGAGUGUGUGCUCCGAACAAUUUAAUUUGACUCAUUCAAUUAAGUUGGACUCAAUUCAUCUAUUCAUUUUCUACGCAAGCUUUUACUUAUUCAGGGUCGCCGGCAAUUCGGUUCAAUUGAAUUUCUUCCCUUCGCUCUGUUUUUCCCUUUGUCUGUCAGAGCGUAGUCAUUUAACAGCCGCCUUACCCAUUUCUUCAACCCGCCACUCACUUACCACCUCCACACGCCACAGCGCAAAUCCUAUAGGGACACACACUAAUAGUGUAUGCUUAAGUUCACCGGACGGCCAUGGCAUAGGAAAAAGGGAUGGGUAAUUGCCUGUUUAUCCCAAGUGAAGGGAAAAUUGAGUACAGGAACCCCUGCCUUCUCCCAGGAGUGGGUUUCACUGAGGCGCUCGCUGCCUCAUUCACUCAUUCGGUCCCCCAGGCCCUCGCUCUGGCAGAAAUAAAAAAGUGCUACUCCGGGAACCCUGCUGUCAGCUGUCUCUCCAACACACAACCGCACAAAGCGGCGGCGCGUCCAGACGAGAGUGGCACACACUCAGAAGGAUGACGAGACCUAGAUGACUUGUUAACCUCUAGUGAUGGAGGAGACAGAGGCAGAGAAAAAUAUUCUCACCGCAGGAAAUGAAACUCUCCCUCUGCAUUACUAUUACAGCUGCACCCACUACAAAGGUUUACUAACAUUCCACUACAAUGAAUGAUGCCAACGAGAAUUGAGGCAGACAAGCGAAAUUCGGAGCUUUUACUAGUAUUCCUUUAUUUGUGACAUUUUACCUGAAGAGGCCAGUGAUCAAAUGAAGAAAAUCUUUUUUUUUAAAAGGUCAUUAACUUCACAGAUUGAUUUGAACUCUGGAAUUAAUAGAGCAGCGCAUACUCAAAACAUCACAAGUGAUCUUCACACAUCCUCCUUAUGUUCUUUGCUUUUUUCUAAAAUAGCAUCUGCAAAGCACGUUCUGUCUCAUGUACAUGCGCUUUACUUACAGGAGGGGGGGGGGGGGGGGGGGUCUGGUUGGUGCCCGUCAGUUGCAAAUAACAAUGCCUUGAAAAUGGGUUGCGGGAGAGCCACGGAAGAGGGGAGCGAGGACCCCAACAGCUCAUCACAAGCCUCUCCUUCACUGCCUGUUUCAGAGUGAACGAGCCGUCCCUUUUUUUUUUUUUUUUUCCUCUCCCCUGCGAGAAACAACCACCGGUUUCCUCUAGAGAAAGCCCGCAGUCUGAUCUUUGCGUCUCCUAAUUCUCCAACCACAUGGGUUCAGGUGCAUUCUGCCGUCUGGUGACCGCGUUUCUGGACGGCAGAAACCGUGUCGCUCAGAGCGCCUCAGACCACUGGAGUGGAUCUUAAAUAUUUGAUUAGAGCCGCGUCAGGCAUCAAUUAUUCUGUGACUCCACGCAGCACACUGAGGGAGAAAGGACCGGCAAACGCCCGGGACGCCUGACCUGUUAAUCACUGUCCAUUUUGUUCAUGUCACAGUGAGUGAGCGAGUGAGUGAGUGAGUGAGUGAGUGAGUGAGUGAGUGAGUGAGCGAGUGAGUGAGCGAGUGAGUACUAGAGGGGGCCACUGCAUGCAAACUGUCCAGUUAAUGUAGCCCAUGGAACAAAAGUGAAAUGUUUGUUGGGACAACAUCACAAAUAUACAGAUAGAAGAGAAAAGCGCAUGAGUGGGUUUCUAUAGAUGCUUCAGUCUCAUGUCUUAAUUUCUUUUAAUAAAAAAGAAAAAAAAAAAGCCCUCCUCAUUCAUUUGAACUGGAACCUGUGAAAUGUUAAUGAUUCUGAGAGAAGAAAAAUUGCUGUAAAUUCAAAAAAAAAAAAGUGUUUUUCAUUGUAUUUUCAAAUAUAUUUUACAGUCUUAAAGUAUAAAUAGCUUGAAGAGCUGGUGAAUUUAGAUUUUUUUAUUUUCACUUGUGUGUCUUUUUUUUUUUUUUAAUUGUGUAUCCGAUGCAUUUGCGUCCGUGUCUUAUGAAAAGCCCGUGUCACAGCACUGGCGCUCGACAGCAUUGCAUGGCUACAUAGUCGCACUGCAAAGAACAAACACAGCAAAGGAGCUUGCGUCACUUUGGUGUCAAAAAUGGUGAUUUGGAAGCCUCAUGAAUACUGUACGUUACCUGAAGAGGUGUUCCCCAUUUGCAGACAGAAGGAAAAAAAUUGAUCCUUUAAAAGAA